AUGAAUUGUCAAAGAGUUCUCACCUACCUGCGGAUAUUCGGCACCACCAUGUUCGGCGUGUCCCUCCUGGUGGGCAUCUCCACAGCCUACAUCAUGGGCUACCAGUUCUUCACCACAGCCCGCAAUCAUCUAUCCUUUGGCCUGUAUGGUGCCAUAUUGGUUGUCCACCUCAUUAUCCAGAGCCUGUUUGCGCUCUUAGAGCACCGAAACAUGAGGCGGUCCUUGGAAACGCCGAUCAAACUGAAUAAAUCGCUGGCGUUGUGCAUUGCAGCGUAUCAAGAGGACCCAAACUACCUGAAGAAAUGCUUGGUGUCAGUGAAGAGGCUGACGUACCCGGGCAUCAAAGUGAUCAUGGUGAUUGACGGGAACAAUGAAGAUGACUUGUACAUGAUGGAGAUUUUUAAAGAGAUCAUGGGAUGGGAUAAAGUAGCCACAUAUGUGUGGCGGAGUAACUAUCACAGCAGGGGGCCCGAGGAGACGGAUGAGAGCUAUGCUGAGAGCCUUCAGCACGUCUCCAAGUUAGUGCUGAACAACAAGUGUUUGUGUAUCAUGCAGAAGUGGGGAGGGAAGAGAGAGGUCAUGUACACAGCCUUCAAAGCACUGGGGAGGAGCGUGGACUAUGUGCAGGUGUGUGACUCAGACACCAUGCUUGACCCAGCUUCAUCAGUGGAGAUGGUAAAGGUUUUAGAAGAAGACCCCAUGGUAGGAGGUGUUGGAGGAGAUGUACAGAUCCUAAACAAAUAUGAGUCGUGGAUCUCCUUCCUGAGCAGUGUACGGUACUGGAUGGCCUUCAACAUUGAGCGGGCAUGCCAGUCCUACUUUGGCUGCGUGCAGUGCAUCAGUGGGCCUUUAGGGAUGUACCGAAACUCCCUCCUGCACGAGUUUGUUGAGGACUGGUACAAUCAGACCUUCAUGGGAUCCCACUGCAGUUUUGGGGAUGACCGCCAUCUCACCAACAGAGUUCUCAGCCUUGGGUAUGCAACCAAAUACACUGCACGGUCAAAGUGCCUCACAGAAACACCCAUUACAUACUUGCGGUGGCUCAAUCAGCAGACUCGAUGGAGUAAGUCAUAUUUCAGAGAAUGGCUUUACAACUCCAUGUGGUUUCACAAACACCAUCUAUGGAUGACUUAUGAGGCUGUGAUCACGGGGUUCUUCCCGUUUUUCCUUAUCGCCACUGCAAUCCAACUCUUCUACCAAGGAAGGCUCUGGAAUAUUCUGUUGUUUCUUCUCAUUGUGCAGGCAGUGGCGCUGAUCAAGUCGGCUUUCGCCAGUUGCCUCAGAGGUAACAUUGUCAUGGUGUUCAUGUCUUUCUAUUCUGUACUGUACAUGUCAAGCCUGUUGCCAGCUAAAAUGUUUGCAAUAGCAACAAUCAACAAGUCUGGAUGGGGGACCUCUGGAAGAAAAACAAUAGUGGUGAACUUCAUUGGCCUGAUUCCUAUAUCAGUAUGGUUCACCAUUCUCUUUAUUGGGAUUAUUUACACAAUAAUCCUGCAGACUAAAAAACCUUUUCCUGACUCAGAAAAGAUUGUUCUGGUCAUAGGGGCAGUUGUUUAUGCCAGUUACUGGGUCAUGCUUUUGACUUUGUAUACAGUGCUCAUAAAUAAGUGUGGGAAGAGGAAGAAGGAACCACACUACGAUAUGGUGCUGGAUGUAUGA